AUGGAUUGCAUUGAUCCAAGUGGUAACACCAUCACAUGUGCAUCAAUAGAAGAACAAGGCUCAUCUUCAAACCCAAACAACAAGAGGAAGAAAGGUAAUGCUAUGAACAACAAUAAGAGGAAGAACAAGGGAGUGAUGAAACUCUCAACUGACCCACAAAGUGUGGCAGCAAGAGAAAGAAGGCACAGAAUCAGUGACAGGUUCAAGAUCCUUCAGAGCAUGGUCCCUGGUGGCAGCAAGAUGGACACUGUUUCUAUGUUGGAAGAAGCCAUUCACUAUGUUAAGUUCCUCAAGGCUCAGAUUUGGCUUCACCAAACUUUGAUGAUGAACUAUGAUCAUGUGGAUAACAACAACAACAACAAUAAUAAUAAUUAUAAUAAUAUAAAUGAUCAGUGCUAUUAUUAUUGUUACCCUGCUGAUCAGGACAUUGUUGUUCCUCUUCAUCAGCAACAAAAUGUUUCUUCAUCAGUUUUUGAGACCUUACCGGAGCUACCAUUAUCUCAGUGUUGCAUUCAAGGUGAUGAAGUCACUACCAAUAUUGAUGCUUCUGUUUUGAAAAAUUGGUGGCCACCUUAUUAA